UGAGCAUUAAUUCGAAAUUACGAAAAACAAGUCAUUAUUUUUUGAAUAUUGGUUUUGUAAAUGAAUAAUGAAAUAACAAGUCGUUUUUGUUUUCCCGAUUUUGAAUUCCUAAUUUAAUAUGAAAUGAACGAAUGAUACACGCCGGAUUAGAGAGGAGGAGUGGGAUGGAGUUAAAGAGUGCGUGAAAACCUCACGAGCGCCACACACGCGCGGAAACUCGAGCGCAGCUACUUCCGCCCACUCUAAAGAUGGCGGAUCCCUUCAUGGAGAAUUUAUCGGAAUAUUUAGGUUCAUCCGAACCGGCGGUUCGAUUGAUUUUGUCUAUCUUAUUAGGUUAUCCCUUUGCACUGGUGUACCGGUGGUUUCUCUUUCAUCAGUCUGCAACACUUCUUCAUCUGUUCCACACAUUCUCUGGGCUGGCACUGGCCACGUUUAACUUUGAGUCUCAGGUCUAUCACUCAUUCUUAUGUAUAGUUAUUCAGUUCUUGUUGCUGAGGUUGAUGGGAAGGACAGUGACAUGCAUUCUGAGUAGCUUUAUCUUUCAGAUGGUAUAUCUGUUGAUGGGUUAUUACUACACAGCUACAGACGAGUAUGAUAUUAAAUGGACCAUGCCUCACUGUGUCCUCACACUCAAACUCAUUGGUUUAGCACUUGAUUACUAUGAUGGUGGAAAAGAACCAGCUCAGUUGAGUGCAGACCAGAAGAAGUCUGCCCUCAGCUCUACACCUUCUCUAUUGGAGGUGUUCGGUUUCUCAUACUUCUAUGGAGGCUUCCUGGUAGGGCCUCAGUUCACACUACGCAACUACCAGAGGCUGGUAUCCCGAGAGAUGUCUGAUUGCCCUGGACAACCACCCAAUAGUGUGGUUCCAGCAAUCAAAAGACUAGGUUUGGGUAUGCUAUCCCUAACCAUCUUCACAAUAGGUGGACCGCACUUCCCAGAUAGCUACUACUUAACAGAUGAGUUUGAGGCACAACCUUUCUGGUACAAGAGUUUGUAUAUCCUACUGUGGGUAAAAAUAAACCUGUACAAAUACAUCAGUUGCUGGCUAAUAACGGAAGGUGUGUGUAUACUUUCCGGACUGGGCUAUAAUGGGAAGAACGAGAAAGGGGAGCAUCAUUGGGAUGCCUGUGCCAAUGUGAGGGUGUGGCUGUUUGAGACCACGCCCCUCUUCACAGGCACUAUCAACUCCUUCAACAUAAACACAAAUGCUUGGGUUGCCAGGCAUGUGUUUAAAAGGUUGAAGUUCUUGGGUAAUAAGCUGUUGUCUCAGAUGUUCACAUUGUUGUUUCUUGCAAUCUGGCAUGGCUUGCACUCAGGGUACCUCAUCUGCUUCUCCAUGGAGUUCAUCAUUGUCAACGUGGAGAAGCAGGCUCAGGCUCUGGUGUGGGACAGUCCGUUGCUUACGUCCAUAGCUCGGAGCCCUCUGUAUGCACUGGUAUAUGUAGUGCAGCAGUUUAUUCACUGGCUUUUUAUGGGAUACUCUCUUGUGCCAUUCUGCCUCUUCACUUAUGACAAAUGGCUGAAGGUUUACUUCUCUUUAUAUUUCUGUGGUCACAUCUUUUUCUUUGCUGCUUUUCUCGUCCUGCCAUACCUCUGCAAGCUGCUUGUGCCCCGGAAAAAAGGCACUGAGAAAAAGGAGGAUUAGUUAAAAGGGUAUCUAUGUUUGCUACUGUCUAAGUUGACUGAAGACUUGAACUGUGACUUUUAAAGAGCAACUGAUGAGGACAAAUUUUAAGGCCUUUAGUAAUAUAAUACUAUACACAGUACAUAAAACAGUGAUGUACGUGUACAAAUGGUAGUCAGUUGGAGGGUUUUUGAGUUGUGGACUGCAAUGAAAAAGGUGAAAAACUGCCAGUCUGAAGUUCAAUGUUCACUGAAUAAGAAAUACUGAUGUUUGGUGGCUUAAGAUAAUUAUAUUGUAUAUGCUCAUACCAUUGCACUAAUUACUCGGUAAUGAUCUAAUCUCCUGUUUCCUGUCUAAGAGAGUUGGCUUUGGCUAUAGCUAUGGGCACAUGUGCACUUUUAGAAAGGAUGUAGAGCAUUCAUUUAAAAGAUGGAAACUAAUGAGACCGUUUUUUAUUUUCCUUUGCCUGGAAAACCUCCUCAAACCUGUGAAUACCCUGAGACUGAUCAAAGGCACUGAAACACAAAAAUAUGUGAAUAAGAGUGAGCAGUCCACUCAGCAUUACCGGACAUUAUAAAUGAAUGUUUUUCAUUUUUAUAACAGUUUUUUUUCUUCUGUGAUUAGACAACUUCUGAUGGGGUUUCCUCUCUCUUUUUAGGAUGGGUUUUAUUGUAGCUGCAGUUUUAUAGCUUUUUGGACUAAAAGUUUCACAAAAGGGAUCAUCCUUCUAUCAUCUCAUCCCCCCAUUCCCUUUAACCCUGUCUGUCAAUCCAUCUGACCUUCUCUAUUUCCCUGUUCUCUCCCUUUGCUCCAGCAAGUCUUUUUUUGUUCAGUGUUGAGCACAAGCAAAAAAGGAACCACAUUGAAAACAUGCAUUACCUGCCAGACUCAUAAAUAUGAGGGUAAAUUUGUGUCAGUGUUAUUAAGAGCAGACUAGUAAAUCUUAAAAUGAAUACAAGUAUAUUAGUGGGCUAUGAGCUUAAUUGUGAACAAUUUUCAAACAGGCUAUACACACUAGUUAGAAACUAAUUUUCUUUUGAUUGAUCAGCAAUUUUAGUCUGACUGAAGACAUGUGUUGUAUACAGUGUUUACAGUGUUUCAUUGCACAUCCAGAUCUUUUAUCUGCCUUUAAGACUUUGUGGUUUGCUCUAAGUAAUUCUGACACCUAUUCGCCUUCAUGCGUCCAUUUUGUAUGACAUGUUGAAGAUCGUUGGCACAAAUAUAGGUCACUGUUCAGUGAGGGAGAUUUUUAAGAUAUGCUCCCGACACAAUCUGUGGGAGCAGGGGCUCACUGUAGCAUCUGAAUUGUUUUGUAAUACCUUGGCUAUACCUGUGGUUACAUAUUUUAAUGAUGUAAAAUGGUUGUUUUGGGGAAAACAAACUACUUAUGCCUUAUUGCUACCAAAUGUACAAAAAAGAGUUUUUUUGUUUUAUAAUAUUCAUUAAAUAUGCUGGAUUUUAACAAAAUCACUCUGA